CUUGAAAUAUACAUAUAUCUGAAAUAUAUAUUUAAUUGAAUGAGAUAUAUAAUUCAAAAGGAUAACAAUUUUCAAUAGUACGUAUGUAUACAAUUUAUUUUGGAUGCUGUUUAAUCCAAUGGAGGGUGGCGCUUUGGGCAGUCCGGUUUUUGAAGAAAUAUGGCGGAUGUCGAGUUAACGAAAGCAUUAAAAGAUUUGCCAAACCGAGUUCAAACCGCCAGUAAAAACGAGCGGCGAGAGAUUCUACAAAAUGUCGUCAAUGUAUUGUCAAAUCCUGGCAUCAAUGAGAAAAUUGUUAAUGGAAUUUGCAAAACCGUAUCUCUUACUUUACAUCGAUAUAAGGAUACUGCUUCCCAAUCUUACGUGAAAAAUUUAAUCGAAGAAUUGUUGAGAAAGCAACCAGCACCUACAAUAAAGCAUAUGACAAACGUUGUCAUAGAACAAGCUACAUGGCAUAAAAAUGUAGUUCCUACUCUGAAUACAGCUUUAACGGCGUAUCUUGCAUUAAAGUGGUCAACAUUAAUUGUCCUACACGGGUACAAAAGCAAUUCAGACAUCAAUCCGGAAUUACCAAAACUCAUUGAAGCACAAGCAAAUUUGAGUGCAGCAGCUUUGGCGUCCAUGGAUAAAAAAUUGACGGAGAAAGUAUAUGUUUUACUAGCGCAUCAAUGGUUGAGUGUUAAAGAUAUUGAUAUUGUGUAUUUAGAGACACUAACAAAAUUGGAAGUUGGAAACGGUGUAAUUGUUCUUGCUAGUUUACUCACUAAGUAUUUAGUUAAUGCAAAGAAAAGUGAAUUAGUGGUGAAACUGAAGACAAACACCAUAGAUGCUUUCAUAAAACUAACUAUUAGUUGUAAGAAAAAACCAGAUCUAUAUGUUGUUCAUAAUGCUGUACCUCUUCUCCGUAGAAUAUCUCAUGACGAGUUUAAAAGUCAACUAUUACCGGCUUUGCAAAAAGCUAUGUUAAGAAAUCCAGAAAUAAUCAUUGAAUCGGUUGGAUAUAUUCUAAGUGGUUUAAGUCUCGAUUUAAGUCAGUAUAGUCAAGACAUAAGUAAAGGAUUAUUUGCCAAUUUGCAUUCAAAGGAAGAUUUAGUUAGAGAUGAAGCUGUAGGAGCUUGUCGUAGACUUGCUCUUCAAUGUUCAGAUAAUAUUGCUUUGGAAAAUUUAUUGUCAUCCGUAUUUGCUGUAUUUCAUGGAUCAGAAGGGAAACUUACAGUUGCGACUCAUAAAAUUUCCGUCUUACAAGGUGCUGGCAAUCUCAGUUACAAUGCAGCUUCAGGAGGUAGCGUCGAAAAAUUAGCUGAAACAGCUUGUGAACAUUUUAUCAAAGUUCUUGAAACUGAGGUUCAUGAGAAAACUUUAAUUUAUGCUCUUGAAAUGAUGGCCUUGUGGUCCAAUAAAUUUGCAAAUAAUGUUCCAAAAUGCGUAAUAGAUGCAUUCAAAAAGGGCAUGAACGCUAAAACUUCAACUGCGGCAGUGCGUACUGCUUAUAUUAAACUCUUCUUUUCUACACCAGUAGCUUCUUAUUCUGCAGCAAUAACACCAUUACUCGUACAAGCGAUAAUAAGAGCUAUGCAACAAUCUGCGCAGCCAGCUGCAGUUACAGAGGGUUUAGUGGCUUCUUAUUUGUUACUGAAAUUUGUCCUUGCUAAUCAGGUGGAAAACGACAAACAAACUGUAUUAUGGAAUGCUAUCGAUGAGCAAAUAUUCUUUUCAGAAAAAUUUUUGUCAGCUUGUGGAGAUGAUAUAUUAUAUCACCUCAUGCUGCUUUGUGAAAGACUAAUUACUGAAUUCGGAGAUAGAUUAAAUGAAAAAGCUUUAAACGGUGUACAUAGGGCAAUUGUGGCAUGUGCAACAGCCCCCAAAUAUAAAAUAAGGAAACGUUGUUUUCCAUUAAUUAAAAAAGUUUUAACUGGCUUGAGUACAUAUGAUCCUGCGCAAGAACUACUAAUGGAAUAUAAUAAAUUCUUAGAAAAUGUGAAAAUCAAGUCUGAACAUGAUAAAGAAAAUAAAGAGGAUUCUUCUGGUUGCGAGACAACUGGCAGAUGUCUUGCAGAUGGAUUACUUGCUAUUUGUUCGGGUUCUUUUUUGUUUGAAUUACCUGCUAUGCAAAUGACAAGAGAUGCAUUAAUACCAUCUCAUCAUCCUGCAAUCUAUAAAGCAAUGCCAAACUUAUGGUUCAAAGUUGCAAAGAAUUUUAAUCUUGUUCCAAAAAAUUUUUUAUGUUCAUUUAAUCAUGAAAUUAAAAAAAUACUUGUGCAAAAUUAUAAGCCUGUUGCUAGUUAUGAAAACGCGUUGACAAAAGUGAUAUCGAUUAUACCAGACAUCAUACUACCUGCAAUAGUGUCAAACAUUACAAACAAGCUUGAUGAUCCGGAGGUCUUAAAAGUCACUAAAGACGAAUACUUUACUUAUCUCACUCCAGAGGGGGAAUUAUAUGACAAAAGCGUAUUACCAACAAGCGAUGAAAAUGAUAUUCUUAAUUCAAUGAACAUGAAAAGAGAGAGUAAGGUGUAUUCGUUUAAAGAACAGCAAGAAGAAUUGCAACUUAGGCGAGAAUUAUAUGAAAAACGAAAGAAAGAAGGAAAAAUAAAGGAACCUAAAUUAACACCCAAACAAGAAGAAAUCCUUAAGGCACAAAUGGCAAAGGAAAAUGCAAUCCGUAAAAGAUUGACAGAACUGAAACAUAGAAUAAAUAAUGCUGUAUCUCUAAUUAUCUGUUCUAUGCGUGGAAACGGGCAAGAAUUGUCUUUUCAUUUGAAAGAUUUUCUACUUCCGAUUUUGAAAAACUUAAGAUCACCAUUAGCUGCUCCUGCAAUGUGUGAUCUUUAUAUACGUUUAAAGAGGAUUGUGAAAAUAAAUAAUCCAGUUCUUAGUGAUUUAGUAGCACAUGUCACGCUGCGACAAUUACAACCGCAAUGCGAUCUGAAUCAAGCUUGGGAGGAGGAAAAUCUUGAUACAGCGGUAAAGAGAACUUUAAAUCUUUUACACACGACAACAAUAAGACAAAAGAAGUUAUUUACAGCUCCGACCUUUUGCUACGUCUUUCCAUUUAUAAAAAAGACCUUAUUAUCUUAUAAGGACGAUAAUAUGAUUGUUCAAGGAUUACAGAUAAUACAAGAACAUGCUAAACAAAGAGGAAGUUCUUCUGAUUUUAGAGAUAUGAGACAUCCCCAAUUGCUUCCGCGUAAACAUAUGUUUGAUCUAUUAAUAGAAUUAAUGGAAAUCACAAGCGGAAGAGUACAAUCACAUGCGGUUGCAACAUUGCUAGAUGUUGCUCAAUCCGGUAGCGGUCAACCAGGUACUGCAAUAGCAACCAGUGAAGAUAUAGAUUCUUUAAUUGGUGCAUUACAAAAUUCUUUAUCUACAAUAAGAGAUGCAGCAUUAAGAGCAUUAACAGUCGUGAGACAAGCUUUUCCGUCUCAGAAAGAGGAUGCUGAUCAACUAUCUCAUCUUGUUAGGAAAAUAUGGAUUGCUAAGUUCGAUGUUUGCGACGAGAAUAAAAUUCUUGCCAAUGAGUUAUGGAAUGCUGCAGAUUUAGUAAUGCAUACGGACAUACUUUCUGAUGAACUGAUCCAAGACGUUACACAUCCUGUAGAACCUAUACAGCAAGCAGCUGCUUGCGCUUUGGCGCAGUGUUUAACCGACGUUCCCCACCUAGUACCAGAAAUUUUGGAUAAAUUACUACAGCUGUACCAAGAAAAGUUAGCCAUGAUUCCACCAAAAUUGAACGAUUUUGGACGCGUGGUUGAACAGCCGAUUGAUACUUGGGGUCCAAGACGAGGUGUAGCACUAGCAUUGGCUCAAAUGGCAGCUCUUCUCAGUGCCGAUACAGUGCUUAAACUUGUGCAAUUUUUUGUCUCUACUGGUUUAGGAGAUAGAAAUCAGACUGUUCGUACAGAGAUGUUAACUGCUGCCGUAGCUGUUGUUGAUCUUCAUGGGAAAGCAAAUAUAACUUCUUUAUUGCCGGUUUUUGAAGACUUUAUGGAUAAAGCGCCAAAAAUUGGCAGUUUCGAUUCAAUCAAACAAUCUGUAGUUAUUCUUAUGGGGUCGCUAGCAAGACACUUGGACAAAGAUGAUUCACGUAUUAAACCGAUAGUUAUGCGUUUAAUCGCUGCUCUUUCCACACCAUCGCAACAAGUGCAGGAAGCAGUAGCCAAUUGUCUACCGCAUCUUGUACCUUCUAUUAAGGAAGAUGCACCAAAGAUUGUGGACAAAUUAAUGGACCAAUUGUUAAAAUCAGACAAAUAUGGGGAACGUAAAGGCGCGGCUUACGGUUUAGCAGGUAUAAUCAAGGGUAUGGGGAUACUAGCGUUAAAACAACUCGAUAUUAUGACCACAUUAACUAAUGCCAUUCAGGAUAAGAAAAACUAUAGGCAUCGAGAAGGAGCGUUAUUUGCUUUCGAAAUGUUAUGUACAAUGCUUGGUAGGUUAUUUGAACCAUACAUCGUUCACGUGUUACCACAUUUGUUGCUGUGCUUUGGAGAUUCAAGCCAAUAUGUCAGAGCGGCUACCGAUGAUACAGCUCGUGUAGUUAUGAGUAAAUUAUCUGCACAUGGGGUAAAGCUUGUUUUACCUAGUUUAUUAGCAGCAUUAGAAGAAGAUUCUUGGAGGACUAAAACUGGAUCUGUUGAGUUAUUAGGCGCAAUGGCGUAUUGUGCACCGAAACAGCUUAGCAGUUGUUUGCCAAGUAUAGUUCCAAAGCUAAUCGAAGUACUCAGUGAUUCACAUACAAAAGUUCAAGAGGCCGGUGCAGAAGCUCUCAAAGUUAUUGGAAGCGUAAUUCGUAAUCCAGAGAUCCAAGCUAUUGUACCAGUUUUAUUGAAAGCCUUACAAGAUCCUUCUCAUAAAACGGCUACUUGUCUCCAAACUCUUUUAGAUACUCAGUUCGUACAUUUUAUCGAUGCUCCGUCAUUAGCUCUUAUUAUGCCUGUAGUACAACGAGCAUUUUUGGACCGUUCAACAGAAACAAGAAAAAUGGCUGCCCAAAUUAUCGGAAAUAUGUAUUCUUUGACCGAUCAAAAAGACUUAACUCCAUAUUUGCCAACGAUCAUCCCUGGCUUAAAAACGAGUUUAUUAGAUCCUGUACCAGAAGUACGAAGUGUAUCUGCAAGAGCAUUAGGUGCUAUGGUACGAGGAAUGGGUGAAUCUAGCUUUGAAGAUUUGCUUCCUUGGUUAAUGCAAACGCUUACAUCUGAAACAAGUAGCGUUGAUCGAUCGGGUGCUGCGCAAGGCCUUUCAGAAGUUGUGAGGGGAUUAGGUGUUGAAAAACUUCACAAACUUAUGCCUGAAAUUAUUAGUACUGCCGAAAGAACCGACAUAGCUCCUCAUGUUAAGGAUGGUUAUAUCAUGAUGUUUAUCUAUAUGCCGAGUGCAUUUACUACAGAAUUUACGCCCUAUAUUGGACAAAUUAUUAAUCCUAUUUUGAAAGCUUUAGCUGACGAGAAUGAAUACGUUCGUGAAACAGCACUUAGAGCGGGCCAACGUAUCGUUAAUCUUUAUGCUGAUUCUGCUAUUAUGUUGCUGUUACCAGAAUUGGAAAAGAGCCUCUUUGAUGAUAAUUGGCGUAUUAGAUACUCAUCGGUUCAAUUACUUGGUGAUUUGUUAUAUCGAAUUUCUGGAGUCUCGGGAAAGAUGUCAACAGAAACAGCAAGCGAAGAUGAUAAUUUUGGAACUGAACAGUCACAUUAUGCCAUUAUUAACGCACUUGGUGCUGAAAGGCGAAAUCGUGUUUUAGCGGGAUUAUACAUGGGUAGAUCGGAUGUUGCAUUGAUGGUACGCCAAGCUGCUCUUCAUGUAUGGAAAGUUGUUGUAACGAAUACACCGAGAACUUUAAGAGAAAUAUUACCGACAUUGUUUACUUUAUUACUUGGCUGUCUGGCUAGUACAAGUAAUGAUAAAAGACAGGUGGCAGCGAGGACUUUAGGGGAUCUAGUUAGAAAAUUAGGUGAAAGGGUGUUACCAGAAAUUAUACCCAUUUUGGAGAAAGGUUUACAAAGUGAUCAGGCCGAUCAACGUCAAGGUGUAUGUAUCGGAUUAUCAGAAAUUAUGACAAGUACAAAUAAAGACAUGGUGAUAACCUUUGUAGUCAGUUUGGUUCCGACAGUGAGGAAAGCAUUGUGCGAUCCAUUGCCAGAAGUUCGACAGGCAGCAGCAAAAACAUUUGACGGUUUGCAUUCAACGGUAGGAGUUAGAGCAUUAGAUGAUAUAUUACCAGCAAUGUUAACGCAAUUAAAUUCACCGGAUCCAGCGGAAGCAGAGAAUACCUUAGAUGGUUUACGCCAAGUAAUGGCAAUCAAAUCUCGUGUUGUUCUACCAUAUUUAGUACCUCAAUUGACAACUCCUCCUGUCAAUACAAAAGCGUUAUCAAUCUUGGCUAGCGUAGCAGGCGAAGCAUUAACAAGGUUUCUUCACAAAAUUCUACCAGCGCUAUUAACUGCACUCUCUAGUGCUCAGGGCACGCCGAAUGAAGUUCAAGAGCUAGAAUAUUGCCAAGCGGUGAUCCUAUCCGUUACCGAUGAAGUUGGUAUUAGAACAGUCAUGGAUCAGCUCAUGGAAGCUACAAGAGCGGACGAUCCAUCUAGACGACGAAGCGCUGCAACUUUGUUAUGUGCUUUUUGCCGUGACACGCGUGCAGAUUAUAGCCAAUAUGUUCCACAAUUAUUACGAGGUCUCAUUCACUUAUUCACAGACGGUGAUAAGGAUGUACUACAGAUGAGUUGGGAAGCUCUUACAGCAGUCACUAAGACUUUAGCAUCCGAUCAACAAAUUGCUCAUGUACAAGACAUUAGACAAGCUGUUCGGUUUGCAGUGUCUGAUUUAAAGGGACAAGAAUUAUUGCCAGGAUUCUGUUUGCCAAAAGGAAUUACUCCCAUUCUCCCGAUAUUCAGGGAAGCUAUAUUAAAUGGUUUACCAGAAGCAAAAGAACAAGCAGCUCAAGGACUUGGAGAAGUUAUAAAAUUAACUAGCGCCUCAGCGUUACAACCAAGUGUUGUACAUAUUACAGGGCCAUUAAUUCGUAUUCUCGGCGAUCGCUUUAAUUGGAGUGUUAAAGCAGCAGUUUUAGAAACGCUUGCAAUCUUGCUCGGCAAGGUUGGAGUAAUGUUAAAGCAAUUUUUACCACAAUUACAAACCACUUUCUUGAGAGCAUUGAAUGACAGUAAUAGACAAGUGAGAUUAAAAGCUGCUUACGCUUUAAGUAAUCUCAUUGUAAUUCAUACUCGUGUUGACCCAUUGUUCACAGAACUUCAUACUGGCAUUAAAACUGGAGAUGAUCCAGCUAUUAGAGAGACAAUGUUACAAGCUUUAAGAGGUGUGCUUACGCCUGCUGGUGACAAAAUGACAGAACCAAUGAAGAAACAAGUGUUUGUUACUUUAAGUAGUAUGCUUGGACAUCCGGAAGAUGUUACAAGGAACGCCGUAGCCGGUUGUUUCGGGGCGUUGAUACGAUGGCUCAGUCUAGACCAACUCAAUAUUGCACUUAACGAAGAUCUAUUAUGUAGUGACACCAGUGUCGAUUGGAUGCUUAGACACGGGCGUUCUGCAGCAUUAUUUGUUGCGUUAAAGGAAUCCCCGACAACUAUCUACAACAGUAAAGAGAAAGAUCGUGUUUGUGGAGUAAUACUUUCGUAUUUAAGUGCGGACCGAGUUCAAAUAGUCAUGAACGGUGUACGAGCUUGUGGUUAUCUGUUUCAAUAUCUUAUGAACGAACGACAACCUAUACCUCAACAAAUUUUAUCUCCUUUCGUGCGAUCAAUGAAUAACAAUAGUAACGACGUAAAACAGUUAUUAGCUAAGGUAUGCAUUCAUCUGGCUCGUAACAUACCACCUGAGAAGAUGUCACCAGAAUUACUUAAAUCGCUUUUACCCAUGCUGGUAAAUGGAACAAAAGAGAAAAAUGGUUACGUGAAAGCCAACAGUGAACUUGCUCUUAUAGCAGUACUUAGACUGAGGCAAGGGGAAGAAGAACAUCAGCGUUGCAUGGCCUUUUUGGAUGCCGGUGCAAGGGAAUCAUUGUCAGAUGUGGUCAGCAAAGUGUUGCGCAAAGUUUUAUCGCAGCCUGAAGGCAAAAUAGAAGAAUUGGACGAUACAUUACUCACGUGAGAGAUAUUGUAUGUUCCGGGGCUCAUUGCGCUCUACACCCAUUCUUAUAGUCGUACUAUUAAUAAUUACUCGAAUGAUUUUUAUAAAAUGAUUUACUGUUCGUGUACUAGUUACAUUAUAAAGACGUUAGUUCGUUCCAUAUUGUAUCUCGAUAAUCAAUUAAACAAAGUAAAACGUAACAGUCACUCGAUGGCAUUCAAGUUACUUAAACUAAGGUGUCCUGUUUACCGAGCGAUUCGCAUACAUGUUGUAGAUAUUUCUACGAAAAAUGUUUUCUACUGUCAAUUUAUUAAUCCGUUUCUUUGUAUUUUAAUUAUUAGUGAAUCGUAUUUGUCCCCAGGAUACACAUUUGUAAAUGAAUCGAUAGAAAGUGACAUAAAAUAUAUCGAAUUUGAACAGGAGAACAGUGAAAAUGAUUUAAAAUACGAAUUACAUAUUGAUCGCGUUGUAGAUUCACGCUUUACCUUCUUCAUUUAUGUUAUGUUGUACAUUUUGUUAUGUUUUGCUAAUAUAUAUUGUAACUAAAAGUAGAUUAUUUUACUUGUGCGGGAAGCUAAAAAAUUGUUUUUAAACGGAAGUGCAUGGCUACUUCAUUCUUUCUUCUUUUUUUUUUCUCUUUUUUUUUUUUUCCCCCGGAAACCACGAAUAUAUAUAAUAUUUGAAUGUCGGUAAACCGAGUAAAAUGUUUACUUCCUAUCGAGGAUUUGAACAGUGUCCCGCUUUUAUUGUCAUAGAAGCGUGUUUUGCUGUCCUGUAUUGUAGUUAUAUAAAUCGGUAUAUAGUCUAUAUUUUAGAAUUACUUAUAGAAAUUGUUGAGCCGGCUUAAGCCGUACCGUGACACGACGCGAUACUUGUAAAUCUAUCACUAGAAAGUCUUCGUCUUCCAAUGUAUUCUAUUUUCGACAAUUUUCGAUUUGUCUAUGAUCACAUCAAUUACAUUACCCACAAUCCUGGAACAUACAUAUUCUGUAUAUACGUCCUAUGAUACGUUACAAUACGGUGAACAAGUGUGGGACUUUGCAUAACAUUUAUUUUUAUAAUGUCGAAUCAAACGUUCGUCCUUCGUUCAUCUACAGUUUGUGCGUGUUGGAAUAUUUUACUUUGGUAGAAAAUGACAUAAAAUUCCUCCGUUAAAUUGCUUACGUGUAGUUUUCGACGGUAUUUUUGUAACACGGAUUUUAACAAAUAUCCGAAAGAAUCAAAUCUUGAAUGUUAAUGAAAUUUUAAUAUAUAUUAGAUAUCUUAUUAGAGUAAAUAUUACGGAAGACGAAGAUACGAAAAUAUGACGACGAUAACGAUAACGAUAACGAUAACGUAAUGGAUCAAAAGUAACGCGUAUACAUUGCAUUUUAGACGGAAACAUUAGUGUAAGUCAGCGACUUGGUCGUACACUGUCGUUUCUCUAACUUUCUGAGCCCUGGGACUUUUAUGAAAGCAUAUUUGGAUUAUAUAUACAUAUACAUAUAUAUAUGUAUGUAUAAUAUAUAAUAUAUAUAUAUAUAUAUAUAUAUAUAUACAUAUAUAUAUAUGGAAGGAAGAAAAUCGAUUGAGUUCCAUCACAUUAUUAUACGACAAUGCGUAACGGAUUCGCUUGUUCCGAUAAACACCGACAAUUUCAUUAUUGCUCGCUAAAGACUGAAUCGUUCCAUCCGUGGCUUCAAGAAAAGCCACAACUGCUCUUCUGUUCUUUUCAAUUCUAUAAUGUGUUUCAUGAAUCGCAAUCUUCUAUCUGUACCUGUUUCAAACACGAACGUAUUUGCGUGUUUCAUACUCGUGCGUUUAAUUAUCUUCAUGAUUGGGCGAAUCGAAUGCCAUUCAUUUCAUUAUUUUUUAUUACUUAAGUUUGCCUUGUUCUAUUUCAGACAUCCAACGCAUCUACGCAUAUACCGUGUUUCCUAAUAUCUAGAACCCUCGUACGUUCGAUUCAUUUUAUUUCAUUUCCUUUGACAUUCGAAUAUUUUGUUUGCAGUAUCUCAUUAAGAUACUAUACUGCAAAAGAUUGUAUGCUUUUUUACGUUAACAAAAUGACCUGAUAUGGAAAAAGAUUUAUUUAUCGUGCUCCAUCAAUGAUUUUACAAUUGUUAAUUAUGUAUGCACAGAUGUACGUGAUACAAAUAGAACGAUACGUUCAAAAAGCAAUAUAUCCUCAUUUAUGCUGUCAUUAAAAACUGGAAGAACAUUGGCUAUAAUAGAUCGUUCUUAUUAAUAUCAUGUCUAAAUUAUUUUAUUAAUCGGCUUUGAUAUCUAAUGUAUUAUGCUGAUAUGUUUUUCUAUACUUCUUCUUCUUCUUCUUCUUGUUAUCUAAAAAUGUACCGACGUGCCAAUGAAAUUCUAGUUUAAUAAUCGAUAUAAUAUUCUGUUAUUUCUUAAAACCUAAUUUUUAAUUGUAAUUUUCCAUGCUAUAAGUAUGUUCCUAAAACUAAGUAAGAUACAGUAGAAACUGUUCAAUUUUAUUUAACAUAAUAUUGAUGAUUUUGAACGAUCAAUGUGUGAAACAAAUGAGAAAUAGAAUAAGAUUUGCACGCGACAGAAGUGAAAUUAGAUUUUUGUAUUAUUACUUUAUCGAAUUAUAUCAGGGUUCUCUCUUUGUUCUUGAAAUCUUGAUCGGAGACAGUUCGCUAAUUCUAGAACCGUCUCUUUUUCGUAAAUUAUUGACUUUUAACGAUGUGAUUUCCUCCUCGAUGUUCUUUGUAUGCAACAUUCUCAGAGUCUUCUUUCUUAAAGAAAGUAACUCCUUUGCUGCCUCUAGUAUUAUUUCAUAAAAUUCGAGAAAUGUCAGCUGUAACAUUAAAUUUCUAUACUGUAAAUUAUGCCGUAAAGAAAAAAAAAGAAUACCGUAUACGAUGUGUCUGUAAAAAUAUAUUAUGCAUUUAAGCGAGAGAUAAUUAAGUUAGGGAAGACGCAAUUUUUGUAAUAUCUGUAAAUAACCAUUGAUUAAAAUAUUAGUCACAUGUUAAAUUAAAUAUGAUAUUCAAUAUUGGUUUAUGAUAUUCAUAUAUAUUGAUGUAAUAAACGCAUUUCGAUCUAUGCUA